AUGGGUAGUGGGUGGUAUUUUAAAGAAAUUAAUCAACUAGAAAUUCAUACAACUCAAUUAAAACCAAUGACAGGUUCUUCUUAUAUUCCUCUUCCAGAUUGGAUUAUGAGAAAAAAAGCAAUUGUUAGUAUUCGAAAUAAAGAUGAUAAAUGUUUUAUUUGGUCAGUACUUCGUUAUCUUCAUCCAAGAGAAAAGAAUGAUAGUCGAUUGACAGAUUUAAAAAAGUAUGAGACUGAUCUUAAUACUAAAGGAAUUACAUUUCCAAUGAAAGUAAAAGACAUUUCCAAAUUUGAGAAUCUUAAUCCAGAUCUUCCAGGAAUAAAUGUUUUUUCAAAUGAUGGACAGACUAUUUAUCCUUUGAGAGAGGUAAAGAAAGAUUGUAAAAAUACCAUUGAUUUAUUUUUGUAUGAAGAAGAUGGAAAAUUUCAUUAUUCACUAAUUAAAAACUUUUCCCGUCUUAUACGUAGUCAAAUUACUUCAAGAACAGAUGAACCAAUACAAAUUUGUAAGAGAUGUUUUUGUCAUUUUACAAAACCAGAAUUAUUAGAUAAUCACAUCAAAUAUUGUUCUAGUAAUAAAACAGCAUUUGUAAAAAUGCCAAAACCAAAAACAACUUUACAUUUUAAAAAUUAUGAUAGACAACUUCCUAUUCCUUUUGUUGUAUAUGCAGAUUUUGAAUGUUUUACUAAACCAAUGAAUAGCUGUUCCCCCAAUCCUAAAGAUUCUUACAACUAUAACUAUCAAAAACACGAACCAUCAGGAUUUUGUUUUUAUGCAAAGGGUAUUGUUAAUAAAAGAAUUAAACCAAUCAUUUAUACAAAAAAAUCAGAUGAUGAAGAUGUAGCAAAAGUAUUUGUAGAAAAACUUACAGAAAUGACUAAAGGGAUAUAUGAAGAUUUUUAUCGUAAACCAAAACCUUUAGUAAUGAAUCAAAGAACACAACAAGAUUUUAAUAAUGCUGUUAAUUGUCAUAUUUGUGGUGGUGAAUUAGAUAAAGAUAGAGUUAGAGAUCAUUGUCAUUUUACAGGUAAGUACCGUGGAGCAGCACAUAACAAAUGUAAUCUUAUGUGUAAAAAACCAAGAAUACUACCAGUUAUAUUUCACAAUCUUCAGGGUUAUGAUGCACAUCUAUUUAUUAAACAACUUGCUAAAAUAGAUGGUGAUCUUAGUUGUAUUCCAUCUACUGAAGAAAAAUAUCUUUCAUUUUCUAAAACUAUUAAAGUUGGAGAGUAUAAAGAUAAUUAUGGUGAUAUUAAAGCAAUUAAUUUUGAAAUCAGAUUUGUGGACUCAUUCAAGUUUCUUCAAACAUCACUAGCCAAUCUUGUUUCAAAUUUAAACCAAGAUGACUUUCAUAUUACAAAACAUGUGUUUAGGCAUAAUACUUCAUUACUAACUCGUAAAGGAGUUUAUCCUUAUGAUUAUGUAUCAUCAAUUGAUAAAUUAUCUGAAAAACAAUUACCACAAAAAGAAGGAUUUUAUUCAAAACUAUAUGAUGAAGAUAUAAGUGAUGAAGAUUAUCAACAUGCGAUUAAAGUCUGGAAUACAUUUGGGUGUAAAACAAUAAGAGACUAUCACGAUCUUUACCUAAAAUCUGAUGUAAUGCUUUUGGCAGAUGUGUUUGAAAACUUUAGGAAAACUUGUCUUAAACAUUACAAAUUAGAUCCAGCUCAUUACUUUACAUCUCCAGGAUUAGCUUGGGAUGCAUGUCUAAAAACAACAGGACAACAUCUAGAAUUAUUACAUGACUAUGAUAUGUUAAUGAUGUUUGAGCGUGGUAUUCGUGGUGGAAUAACACAUAUAUCAAAAAGGUAUGCAGAAGCAAAUAAUAAAUAUAUGAAAAAUUAUAAUCCUGAAAAGGAAUCAACAUUUAUACAAUAUUUGGACGCAAACAAUCUUUAUGGUUGGGCUAUGUCUCAGAAUUUACCAACACAUGGUUUUAAAAUGAUGACAAAUAUUACAAAAGAAAAGGUAAUGGAAAUUUUAGAAAAAACAAAGGAUAGUAUGGCAAAUACUGGUAAGAAUGGAUAUAUUUUUGAAGUUGAUUUGGAGUAUCCACCAAACUUAUGGGAUCUACAUAAUGAUUAUCCUCUUGCACCUGAGACCAUGAAGGUUAAUGGAGUUGAAAAACUAAUAUGUCAUUUUAAACCAAGAAAAAAUUAUGUUAUUCAUUAUAGAGCUCUUAGACAAUGUCUUGAGUUGGGUAUGAAGAUUACCGCUGUUCACAGAGGAAUAUCAUUUUAUCAGUCUCCUUGGAUGGAACCAUAUAUAAGAAAAAAUACAGAACUUCGAAAAUGUGCUUCAAACAAUUUUGAGAAAGACUUUUUUAAACUAAUGAACAAUUCAGUUUUUGGUAAAACAAUAGAAAAUAUUAGGAAGCGACAAAAUAUAGUACUUGUUGAUGAUCGUAAAAAAGCUCUAAAAAUAUCAUGUCGUCCAAACUUUGAUAGAUGUACAAUAUUUGAUCGCAAUCUUAUUGCUAUUCAUAUGAAAAAGACAGAAGUAUAUUUUAAUAAACCAGUAUAUGUUGGUCAAGCAAUUUUAGACUUAUCAAAAACUCUAAUGUUUGAUUUUCAUUAUGAAUACAUCAAAAGUGAAUAUGGAAACGAAGCUGAG